GCCUUGCGGGCCUCGGGUCCGCCUCCGCCGCGCCGAGGGCGUGGGCUCCGGGCUCCCGGAAGCGGCGGCCACGGCGUGGAGCCCAGCGGGCUGUCGGUCGCCGGAGCGACCAUGCGCGGCGACCCGGGGGCUGCGAGCCAAGCGCGCCGGUGAAUGGCGGCUCGCUGAGACGGCGGUGGCCAGGCGCGGGCUCCUGCCGGUGUAGGGUGGCGGGGCCGGGGUGAUGCUGCUCAAGCUCCUGCAGAGACAGACCUAUACCUGCCUCUCCCACAGGUAUGGGCUCUACGUCUGCUUCGUGGGCGUCGUUGUCACCAUCGUCUCGGCUUUCCAGUUCGGAGAGGUGGUUCUGGAAUGGAGCCGGGAUCAAUACCACGUUUUGUUUGAUUCCUACAGAGACAAUAUUGCUGGGAAAUCCUUCCAGAAUCGGCUCUGUCUGCCCAUGCCGAUCGACGUGGUUUACACCUGGGUGAAUGGCACAGACCUUGAACUGCUGAAGGAGCUCCAGCAGGUCCGAGAACAGCUGGAGGAAGAACAGAAGGCCAUGAGGGAAAUCCUUGGGAAGAACACGACAGAACCAACGAAGAAGAGCGAGAAGCAGUUGGAGUGUCUGCUGACCCACUGCAUUAAGGUGCCCAUGCUUGUUCUGGACCCGCCCUUGCCAGCCAACAGCACCCUGAAAGACCUGCCAUCUCUUUAUCCAGCUUUCCACACCGCCAGCGACAUGUUCAACGUUGCAAAACCAAAAAACCCUUCUACUAAUGUGUCCGUUGUAGUUUUUGACAGUACUAAGGAUGUUGAAGAUGCCUAUGCCGGACUAUUUAAGGGAAGCAGCAAGCAGACAGUUUGGAGAGCCUACUUGACGACAGACAAAGAAGUCCCAGGCUUGGUGCUGAUACAAGACUUGGCCUUCCUGAGUGGAUUCCCACCAACAUUCAAGGAGACCAGUCAGCUGAAGACAAAACUGCCGGAAAACCUUUCCUCUAAAAUAAAACUGCUGCAGUUGUACUCGGAGGCCAGCGUCGCUCUUCUGAAACUGAACAACCCCAAAGGGUUCCAGGAGUUAAACAAACAAACUAAGAAGAACAUGACUAUCAACGGGAAGGAGCUGACCAUCAGCCCCGCGUAUCUGUUGUGGGACCUGAGUGCCAUCAGCCAGUCCAAGCAGGACGAAGAUGUGUCCGCCAGCCGCUUCGAAGAUAACGAAGAGUUGAGGUAUUCUUUGCGGUCUAUCGAGAGGCAUGCGCCGUGGGUUCGGAACGUCUUCAUAGUCACCAACGGGCAGAUUCCAUCCUGGCUGAACCUCGACAACCCUCGGGUGACAAUAGUUACCCACCAGGACAUUUUCCGAAAUCUGAGCCACCUGCCCACUUUCAGUUCACCUGCAAUUGAAAGUCAUAUCCACCGCAUCGAAGGGCUGUCCCAGAAGUUCAUCUAUCUAAACGACGAUGUCAUGUUUGGGAAGGACGUUUGGCCUGACGACUUCUACAGUCACUCCAAAGGCCAGAAGGUGUAUUUGACGUGGCCUGUGCCCAACUGUGCCGAGGGCUGCCCGGGCUCCUGGAUUAAAGACGGCUACUGUGACAAGGCCUGUAAUAACUCAGCCUGUGACUGGGAUGGCGGUGACUGCUCCGGUAACAAUGGAGGAAGUCGCUAUGUUGCGGGAGGUGUGGGUACCGGGAAUAUUGGCGUCGGACAGCCCUGGCAGUUUGGUGGAGGAAUCAACAGUGUCUCUUACUGCAACCAAGGGUGUGCAAACUCCUGGCUCGCCGAUAAGUUCUGUGACCAAGCCUGCAAUGUCUUGUCCUGUGGGUUUGAUGCUGGUGACUGUGGACAAGAUCAUUUUCAUGAACUGUAUAAAGUAACUCUUCUCCCAAACCAGACACACUAUGUCAUCCCCAAAGGUGAACACCUUCCUUACUUCAGCUUUGCCAAAAUCGCCAAGAGAGGAGUGGAAGGCACCUACAGUGACAAUCCGAUAAUCCGGCACGCAUCCAUCGCGAACAAGUGGAGAACCAUUCAUCUCCUACUGCACAGCGGGAUGAACGCAACCACGAUCCACUUUAACCUUACACUCCAGAACUCCGACGAUGAAGAGUUCAAAAUCCAGAUAACAGUGGAGGCAGACACAAGGGAGGGGCCGAAACUGAACACCACAACCCCGAAGGCCUAUGAAAAUUCCGUUAGCCCAGUGACACCUCUUCCCCAAGCCGAAAUCCCUUUUGAAGAUAUUCCCAAAGGGAAACGCUUCCCCAAGGUCAGGAGACAUGAUGUAAACACCACAGGGAGAUUCCAGCAGGAGGUGAAAAUCCCCCUGGUAAAUAUUUCACUCCUUCCGAAGGAGGUCCAGGUGAGACUGAGCAACUUGGACCUGCAGCUGGAACUUGGAGACAUCACCCAGAAAGGAUACAACUUCUCCAAGUCAGCCCUGCUGAGGUCUUUCCUGAAGGACUCACUAGAUGCUAAAGGAAAACCUCCGUCUAGAAGGACCGACGAAACAAAUGACCGUCUGGAAGCCCCACAGGAAAAGCCCUCUCACAGAAGCCCAGGUGGCUUUGUUGCCGGUCAGAGAGCAGAGAGACAGACAUCCCCAGUGGGGACAGUGGACACGAAUGGUCAUGACCGUGGUUUGAAUCCACCCCCGGUCUCGGAGAGCAAUGCAAGAUUUAAGUUGGAAACUCAGGCCCCACAUGCACCAAGCAUGAGUGUAUCCAGAGAAGACCUCACCAGGAAAGAGGAGGCAGGAGACAGAGCCGAAGGCGAUGCUGAUAGCCGAAUAGCUGUAGAAGAAGUAGUUCCUGGAAGGCGGCUGCGGCACUACCCGGAGACUUACCCAGGCUUUUUGCCUUGGGAGAAAAGAAAGUAUUUCCAAGACCUUCUUGAUGAGGAAGCGUCGUUGAAGACACAGUUGGCGUACUUGACCAACAGCAAGCGUGCAGCACGGCAGCUGAAAGACACGUUUGCGGACUCGCUCCGAUACGUCAAUAAGAUUCUCAACAGCAAGUUCGGGUUCACGUCCAGGAAAGUCCCCGCCCACAUGCCCCACAUGAUCGACAGGAUCGUCAUGCAAGAGCUACAAGAUAUGUUCCCCGAGGAGUUUGACAAGACAUCGCUUCACAAGGUGCGCCACUCGGAGGACAUGCAGUUCGCCUUCUCGUAUUUCUAUUACCUCAUGAGUGCGGUGCAGCCCCUGAAUCUUUCCCAAGUCUUUGAUGAAGUAGAUACAGACCAGUCUGGCGUCUUGUCGGACAGGGAGAUCCGAACGCUGGCUACCCGGAUCCACGAUCUGCCUUUAAGCCUGCAGGAUCUGACAGGUUUGGAACACAUGUUAAUAAAUUGCUCAAAAAUGCUUCCUGCUAAUAUCACUCAACUGAGCAAUAUUCCACCAACCCAGGAAGCAUACUACGAUCCCAACCUGCCGCCAGUCACUAAAAGUCUUGUCACCAACUGUAAACCAGUAACCGACAAAAUCCAUAAAGCGUAUAAAGACAAGAACAAGUAUAGGUUUGAAAUCAUGGGAGAAGAAGAAAUCGCUUUCAAGAUGAUUCGCACCAAUGUUUCUCAUGUGGUUGGUCAGCUGGAUGACAUAAGGAAAAACCCCAGGAAGUUCGUUUGUCUGAACGACAACAUUGAUCACAAUCACAAAGACGCCCAGACGGUGAAGGCUGUUCUCAGGGACUUCUAUGAAUCCAUGUUUCCUAUCCCUUCCCAGUUCGAGCUGCCGAGAGAGUAUCGGAACCGUUUUCUUCAUAUGCAUGAGCUGCAGGAAUGGAGGGCGUAUCGAGACAAGCUCAAGUUUUGGACCCACUGCGUGCUAGCAACACUGAUUAUAUUUACUAUCUUCUCGUUUUUUGCUGAACAAAUAAUUGCCCUUAAACGGAAGCUAUUUCCCCGGAGGAGAAUACACAAGGAAGCUAGUCCAGAUCGAAUCAGGGUGUAGAAGUUCUUUGUUUGCAAUCACCUACCUCAGCGUCUCCUGCGCAUCUCACACCUCACCGUCACGGGGUGUCCGCAAGACGUGACACAGACACAGGCAUGUCCCCAUGAUGCAGCGCAGAUAUGGGUUGUCCCCAUGAUGUGAUGCACCAACACAGGGGUGUCCCCGAGAUGUGAUGCAUCGACAUUGGGGUGUCCCGUGAUGUGAUGCAGACACUGGGGUGUCCCAUGAUGUGAUGCACAGACACUGGGGUGUCCCAUGAUGUGAUGCACAGACACUGGGGUGUCUUGUGAUGUGAUGCAGACACAGGGGUGUCCUGUGAUGUGAUGCAGACACAGGGGUGUCCCCAUGAUGUGAUGCACUGACACUGGGGUGUCCUGUGAUGUGACGCGCAGAUACUGGGGUGUCCCGUGAUAUGAUGCACAGACAUGGGGGUGUCCCGUGAUGUGAUGUGUAGACACAAGAAUGUCCCCAUGAUGCGAUGCACCGACACUGGGGUGUCCCAUGUGACACACAGACAUAGGGGUGUCUGCAUGACGUGACACAGACACAGGGUGUCCCCAUGAUGUGACGCAUGGAUGGCCCGCUUGGAAGAAGGGACAGCGUGCAGACCGUGUUCUCCUGCAGCAUGAAUAGAGCCCACGGCCCUGGAAUUAAUCAGCACACUGAGACCUUGCGUUGGCAGCCCUACAGCUUGUACUUUUAAGGGAUUUGUUGAUGGACCCUCGCUGACAAGCUGCCGGUUUCCUCCCACAGUCCCUGUGGCCUGAGAAGCUGGGUGGCCUGGGAACAAGUGCUGAGGGACCCCAGGCUUUGCAUUCCGAAGUCCUUUGGCCCUAACUUUCCACUUUCCUCUUUCCUUCAUUUCUCAUUUUUAAAAAUAAGUAGCGACUAAGCUGUCCUCGCUUCUGAAAAUAAUGAAAUCAGAAUGUCCAAAUGUUUGUAUAGAUCUUAUUUAAAUAACGUAGAGCUAUCCUUUCCUUUUAGCAUAUCUAAAUUAUUGAUUUUUUUAUGAGCCUUCAAGCAGUCUUGAAUCACUAAUGACUACUGAAGACCUGGGGGGUUGAUGUUGGCAGCACUUUGUUUAACCUAGCCCCCAGGAUGCCGGGAUCUCGUCGGCAGGCCUGAUUGCAAAGGGCUAGUGUCAAGCACCAAUGCUCCUCACCAGAUGUGAUCAUGUCUUGGAAAUGGACACACUCAAGCAAAAGUGCCUCACUCUGGAAAUGAGUAGUGCCGACGGCACCAGCACACGGCUGUGGCAUCCAGCUGAAAAUUCGUCUCUCUCAGGAGCUCACUUUUAGCUUGCCGCGCGGGAACAGCGGUCAGCCAGCCUUUUCUAAAAGAACAGAGAGCGGAUAACUUAAGACACAGCUGUCUUUGUCAGACAGUCUUCUUGGCUUAAUUUUUUUGUUUGUUUGGUUUGGGGGGGUUUCUUUUAUUUUUGUAAACAUCCCAAUAGAACCAGCUUUAGCUCACAGCCGUACAAAAACAGGCCCCAGUCAGACUUGAACCAUAGGCCAUUGUUGGCAGACCGGAGAAUCAGCCUCAUAUUUAUGUAAACCCCGACAUUAGCCAUGCUCCAUUAUAUCAUUGUAUAGUGGUUUUGUGGAGCCCUGAUUCCAUGAAUCCGCUUUGAAUUCUGACAGAUAGCUCCAAUCAUGAUUUCAGUGGUAUUCUUCCCAAAUGGCACACACGUUUGUAAUGAGAACUUGAAAUGUAAAUACUGUGUUUGUGCUGUGAAUUUUGUCAUUUCAAAAAUUGAAAUCUCAUUAAAAAGAUCAC